GCAACGCUUUUAUGAUUACUGCGCAAUAAUCGCUGACCGUGGACACUCACACGAUCGCAUGCCACUUUGAUUGACAAGCAUCAACUCUAAUUGAGUGUAUAUUUUAUAUAAUGCGCGCUCAACGUUCUUUAAAUAGCGCCCUUGUGUGUCUACAAGCAACAUGUUGCGCGAUCAUGCCGAAGCGUUCGCUUGCCUGCUUACCGUCUGGUCAACUCUGGAUAACGUUGAUUUUACUCUACUGUUCUACGUGCUACGCGCUGAAGUGCCGCACGGACGAUGGACCCUCCGAAUCCGAACUGAAACGUAUUACACGCAGUUGUAUGCGCAAGAUCGGUGAGAACGCGCAUCCUAUGGGUGGUGGAUCAAUGAAUUUCAACAACAAUCACAAUCAUCCCUACGGCUCGUUGCAUCAAUCGAAUUUCGGGCCACAACAUGGCAGCAAUUCACGUUAUGAUUACAAUUACGAUUACGAUGAUAAUGCGGAUCAAUAUUAUGGUAAUCCCAAUAAUAACAACAACAAUUACAAUAAUAACAAUUACAAUAAUAACAAUUACAAUAACAACAAUGGUAAUUACGAUCGCGAUCGCAAUGUUUUGCAACAACGCAAUCGUGAACGCCAACAAACGAAUCGUUCGGAUAACAAUAGAUCGGGAUCGGCUUCUUCAGGCUCCUCAAAUAAUAAUGGCGGUCGCUACGAUAACAAUGAUGGCAACGGUAAUAGAGGUAGUGCUGGCGGCAAUGGUGAUGUUGGAAAUCGUGGUGGUAAUGGUGGCACUAACAAUGGUGGUCGCAAUUCAGGCGGAAAUGGUGGUGGUGGCAACAAUCAACGCGGUUUCACACAGAAUAAUUCCAAUAAUAAUAACAAUAACAACAACAGAAAUGGAAAAAAUGACACAGCCGAUGCUGCUUGCGUGGUCCAUUGCUUCUUCGAAGAGUUGAAUAUGCUGAACUCCGACGACUAUCCGGAUCGCUACAAAGUGCAAUAUGGCCUUACACGUGAUCUGCGUGAUCGUGAGCUGCGCAACUUCUAUACCGACACUAUACAGGAUUGCUUUCAUUAUUUGGAGUCCCAGCGCAGACGCGACAAAUGUCACUACUCACGUGAUCUCAUCAAUUGCAUGACCGAAUAUGCAAAAGUGAAUUGCGACGAUUGGCAGGAGUUUAAUGUGGUUUUCAAUUGAAUUAUGGAAUGAUGAUGAAUGUGUAGAUUUAGAAGAUAUCAAGAAACUUGAUUUUAGGAUCAGCAAAGCUAUAAAAAGAAUUUAGCAAACUCA